AUGGGUCUCUGCAUGUCCAUGCCCCGACGCUCCCAUAUGAUGCGACCUGUGCGACCUGUGCCGGUCGCGGUCGUUCCGGUCGGAGGCGGUUGGGCAGCUCCGCCCCGACGCACCUUCCAUGGUGGAAUGACAUACGGUAUGAGUCCCGGGAUGGGCCAUGGCGGCAGAUACGGUGGAAGAUAUGGUGGGGGAGGGUUUGGAGGUUCAGGAUAUGGAGGUGGUGGUGGAUGGGGCGGUGGUGGCUCUGGUCGAUACGGUGGACCACGAAGGCGCUGCUGA